AUGCCCUGCCCUGGCCAGGUCGUGUCCCUGCUGUGGCCCAGCUCGCUCCAGGAGGCUGGUGAUGGCCAAGAGAUGGGCCUCUCCCAGCUCCGGACACCUGACCAGGAGGUGAGCCGGGGCCUGGGCCACAGCGAGGAAGGGGUCUCUGUGCCCCAGGCCUUGGCUCCUCGCUCCCUCUGUCGGCUCCACGUCCUGCCCCCACCUGGGCCUCGGGCUGUGCACUGUGGGAGCCACGGGCCAGCCACGCCCAGCUCCCUGGACGGUCUGGUGGCCACACACGCUGGAGAAGGCUGGACGGGCAGAAACCAGGUCGCGAGAUGGGAACAUAGGACCCGGAAGCUGAGCGGGGCCUUUGGGUCCCCCCACCUGGCCUGCUACACCCUGGGCGGCGCCAUCCUGCUCCUGAACGUCCUGCGCUCCCACUGCUUCACGCAGGCCAUGCUGAGCCAGCCCAGGAUGCAGAGCCUGGACAACCCCUUGGCCUACCGCGUGGGCCUCGCACUCCUGGGAGUGGGCGGCGUGUUUGUCCUUUCCAGUUUCCUGGCUCUGGGCUUCACCGGGACCUUCCUAGGCGACUACUUCGGGAUCCUGAAGGAGGCCAGAGUGACCACGUUCCCGUUCAGCGUCCUGGACAACCCCAUGUACUGGGGCAGCACAGCCAACUACCUGGGCUGGGCCAUCAUGCACGCCAGCCCCGCCGGCCUGCUGCUGACCAUGGUGGUGGCGCUCAUCUACGCGGUCGCCAUCCUCUACGAGGAGCCCUUCACCGCUGAGAUCUACCGGCAGAAAGCGUCCCAGGCCCACAAGAGGAGCUGACGGCCCGUGGCCACUCCGUGAGGGUACCCACCUCGGGCUUGCCCCGAGCACACGCCCCUUGAGGGGAGGGGGAGAGCGGUGCCCGGCCUGGGCCGUCCAGUGCCUUGGAAACGUGGCUUGGGGGCCUGGAAGGCGCCGUGUGGCCCCAGAGCCCCCUGCCCUGCCGCCCACCACGUCCUGACCAAUAAAGGCGCCUGACCC